GUAGCUCACGCUCAUCUCGGGUUCGACGCCUCGGAGACUGGUUCUCACUCCUCUGGAUUCAUACGCUGGUCCGUCAUCCUAGACUUCCUCGGACUCUCAGAUCCCCUCAGAUCGCUACACUUUACGCGUACCUGACGACCUACUAACGCCAUGCUUGCCGGACUGCUACUCACCGCUGCAGCGGCUCUUCCCCUCGCCACUGCGCACAUCGCGUUCUUCCAUCCGAGCAUGUACGGAUUCAACGUCACCCAGCAGACCUUUCCCUAUGACAAUCGCCCUGUCGCUCCCCUCAUGAACAUGAAUUUUCAGCAAUGGUGGUUCCAUGGACAUCUUGAUUACCCGCCCAACCCAGGAGACAUCUUCGAGCUCCCCGCGGGCAGGCCCGCUACGACUCAGCUUUCCUGCGAUAAGGGCGAGACGACCUUCUUCGCGUCCUCCCCAGGUGGCAAUGUUCAGGCUGGCAACAAUCCCUGCACCGGGGAUACCUUCCCUAGUGGGGCGAUGCACACGACCGGCUUCGACGACCUGAAGGGCUGCGCCCUUGCGAUUGCUUACGAAUCGGAUGUGACGAAGAUCCAGCCCGAAAACUUCACGGUGUUCAGCGUGAACCAGACGUGUGUCUGGAAUCGCUUCACGGACUUCCAAGUUCCGGAGCGCAUGCCUCCUUGCCCGCCCGGCGGGUGCCACUGUGCUUGGUUCUGGAUUCACUCGCCUGAUAGCGGAGGAGAGCAGAACUACAUGAAUGGCUUCAAGUGUAAUAUUACCGGCUCGACCUCCAACGUGGCGCUCGCCAAGCCACAAGUACCCCGCCGCUGUGGUGCCGACCCUACGAAUGGCAAGCCCAAUGCCGCCCCAGGAAACUGCACGUAUGGCGCGAAGCAGCCAUUCUACUGGUUCCAGACUGAGCGCAACAACAUGUUCGAAGCCACGUACUCCCCGCCAUUCUAUACCGACCUGUACAACUUCAAGGAUGGCGCGCAAAACGAUAUUUUCGAGGACUCGUAUCCCCAAGGGCUCCCUCCGCCCAGUCCGAAUUCUACGUUCGUCCCUACACCGUUCCUGGGGAAUGGUAGCGGUAGCUCGACCGCCGGAGGCGCUUCGUCCUCUGUCGUUUCCUCUUCCCCAUCCGGUUCUUCCUCGUCAGUAGCUGCAGCCUCCAGCGGCGCUCUGGGCUCAUCAUCCAACGGAUCUAUCUUGUCGACCACCACGGGUGCUGUCGGCUCAUUCUCGAGUGGAUCGGUGUCGUCGACUCCAGGUUCCGCAUCGUCCACUGCUAUCGCAUCAACGCUACCUGUCUCUUCAUCGUCAGCGUCUUCGUCAAUUGUACAGGGGACGCCGGAUCUUCCACUAUCUAUCACGUCGGCCACGAUAUCGUCUCCCACCUCAUCCUCAGCGUCAUCAGUAUCGCAGCCCCUCACUGGCAAUUCGCAAGAUGGUCCUGCGUCCACGGCCAUUCCAGGUUCCUCCGAAUCUACGAGCGUUACGGCGUCGGAAACAACUUCCGUCGUCCUGUCGACAUCGAUUGUUCUCAGUACGGUCUUAGUCACUGUGACUGCAACGCCGGUACCGACUCGGAAUGCAACCUCCGCCUCCAUCACCCUCUCGUUCUCUGACUCGAUGCCGGCCACAGCAAGCACCGGCACUUCGAGCAUCUCCACGCAACUCACCCCGACCCAGAGCGUAUUCCUGUCUGCUUCUGACGCGGCUUCUACUAUUGUUCUGAACUUCCCCACUGGAAACGCGGCACCAACGACGAGCGUCCUCAUGGCCACGGUGCAAGUCCCUCGAGCUGCAUUACUCACUGCUCGCACGAACUGUAAGCGCGAACCUGGCCGGAGAAAGAUGUUCCGGCGUCGCCCCUCCGUGGAGCCUGUAGUAUCUAACAUGGAGAUUCUUGAUGCCCGUGAAGAGCAGCCGACAUCCGCACAGGCAGCCGACACUGUUCUGGGCAUGCGUAAGCACAAGCUGAGAAGAUUGGGGAGUCGCAGUCGGCUGUGGAACCUCUUCUGACUGUCCGCUGUGGAACCUCUUCUGACUGUCCGCUGUGGAACCUCUUCUGACUGUCCGCUGUGGUGACUCCGAUACGGGUUCGUGGGUGAAUAUGCGCGGUGCCGAAGGCUUCCUCUGGCAUCAACCCCUAAGUAGUUUGAUGGUAGAUAUUACCUCCCCACCCUUGUAGUGUUUCUUGCAUAGUGUAUCGCUUGGUGUAGCUGUAGCUGAUAUCGUAUACCCCAAAUCAUGUAGAAUGGCUUCUCUUCAAUAUUGCAAUCGCUAGCAUGCCUUGUU